AUGUCAGAUAUGCAAGAUACGAUGCUGCUGGGAGUAGAGGGGAUCAAGAAAACCAUCCUGCAUGGAGGGACCGGAGACAUCCCGAAAUUCAUCACUGGGGCGAAGGUGACGUUCCACUUCCGCACCCAGCUAUGUGACGACGAACGUACAGUGAUCGAUGACAGCAAAGUGGUGGGGACACCCAUGGAGAUAGUGAUUGGAAACAUGUUUAAACUGGACAUCUGGGAGACUCUGUUGUCCUCCAUGAGGAUCGGUGAGGUGGCCGAGUUCUGGUGCGACAUCAUUCACACUGGCAUUUACCCAAUUGUGUCCAAGAGUAUGCGUCGCAUCUCUGAGGGCAAAGACCCGGUGGACUGGCACAUCCAUACGUGUGGCAUGGCUAACAUGUUUGCCUACCACAGCCUGGGCUACGACGACCUGGACGAGCUGAUGAAGGAACCGAAGCCGCUCUACUUUGUCCUGGAGCUAGUCAGGGUGCAGCAGCCCAGCGAGUACAACCGAGAGUCGUGGGCUCUGAGUGAUGAGGAGAGGCUGAAGAUAGUUCCAGUGCUGCACGGCCAAGCAAACAAACUGUACAAACAGGGACGCUUUCAGGACGCCACGCAGAAAUACAAGGAGGCUAUCAUCUGCAUCAAGAAUGUGCAGACGAAGGAGAAGUCAUGGGAGGCCCCCUGGUUGAGGCUGGAGAAGAUGGCCAACACCUUAACGCUGAACUACUGCCAGUGUCUGCUCCGCAUGGAAGAGUACUACGAAGUCCUCGAACACACCAGCGACAUUAUCAAUCAGCACCCAGGUGUAGUUAAAGCCUUCUACCUGCGAGGAAAGGCCCACAUGGAGGUGUGGAACGAGGCGGAGGCUCGGCAGGACUUCAGCAGGGUUCUGGACCUGGACCCUGGCAUGAAGAAGGCUGUUAAGAAGGAGCUGGCCAAGCUUGCUGUGCGCAUGGAGGAGAAGAACCAGGAAGACAAGAACAAGUAUAAAGGCAUGUUUUGAGCCGGCAACACUGAGAAGGGAUCGACUAAAGAAGAGCAAAGG